AUGCUCAAGAAAGUCUAUCGUGAACUCAUGAUUCUAGGAUUACUUAGUUUUAUUAUCAAAAUGCUCACGGAAGUAGGCGGGAUGGAUACUUAUGAUGACUUGGUCUUAGCACUUCAAGUGGCUGACCUUAUUAUUUUUAUCCUAGCUAUUAUGCUCAUCAUACAAGCAAUUAUUGUCCUCAUCUUACUACGACGACAUAAUAAACGUGUGGAUUUGGCAGAGUUAGUAUCAACUGCAGAUAUGGUCGAAGUGAUGAGCAUGCCUGACAAAACGACUAUGACAUCUCGUGGAAAACAGCUUAGUCCUGAUCUUUUCCAGGACAAUGCUGUCAAGCAUCGAAUCCUACGACAUUUAUUCAUCCGUCGCUUUGGACUUCCUUACCUCUUUCCUGUUUCAAAGUACCUACGUCGUGCUCAGGUAAACAACAUUGUCCAUACGAUUGAAGUGGAACCGUCAAUGUGGCUACUAGUACUUGCAAUGUCAUGGGCUUUCACCGGUGUUAUUCAAAUUCUUGAAGAGCAUAAAUUCAAUCUACGCUACGAUCUCAUUGUCGCGCUAAUGGCAUUUGCUUGGCUAUUAGUGUUGACCAACGUUUGUGUAAUGCUCUACUUUCACCAUUGUGUAAACCGGUUGUUGGCAAUUGGAGGAUACAGCACCUCAGAAACCGUUUUGCUUGGAAAUCUUUCUAGACUUGCCGAAGAAGAAGCAACUGCUUGGGAAAGCGAAGCUGCUGACGACGUGUUAGAUACUUUGAACCGACUUCAUGCGUACCAUGAAGAUAUCGAAAAUGAACGGGAGGCAGAAAAGCAUGGUAUUCUAAAAGGUGACGCAGGGUUUGAAUUAAUUGCUAGCUGCUUCCGCAAUAUGGUGGGUGGCUUCAAGUCCAAGGAGCGUCGAGGACAACAAACUGGUGUCGAGCCCGACUCGCCGGGUGCAGUCUACAGCUUUGAUGAUAUAUACGACGAGGUUGGGAUUUUUCCUGUCAUCGCAAUCCCGCUUCCAUUGAUCAUGAAUGCCUUUGUCUUCCAGAAAUGUAUUUUUCGCGAUUUUGUCCUGGUUUCUACCAUUAUACGCAUGGACGCCAGCGUCUUGGGAGAAGUAGUGAAUCAUUUUAGCGAGAUCGUAGAGCUGCGUUCUGAGUUUGCGACUGUGUUGCUUCAGUGCAUGAAAGAACACAGACGCUCGAUUGCCGGUUUGGAGAAAGCACUAAAGUCACAAGAUUUGCGUCAUACUGGUCUCAUUGACGUUAAUAAGCUUCGAACAGUCUUGGCCUCGUUUGGUUUUCGUUUGACUCGAUUCAAGUUUAACAGUGUCAUCAAGCUGAUGUUUGAUCUUCGAGGAACGAGCGUUGAGUAUGCGCAACUGAUCCAGCUCGUCAGUCUGAUGCAGCAAGAGUUUGGCAUGGCUGAUGAUAUUCCCGGGCAGACUUUCGGUAUGCAGCGGACAGUGACCUCGUGUGAAGAUCUAGACGGUCUGCGACUGAAUCGUCAACCUACGCUUCCUGUUUCUCGACGUUUCCCGUUACUUGCUCAAUCAAGUCGUGGACCAGAGCCCGGUCCAAAUGAUUUUGUCUGUGCCAAUUCUCCAUCUCUACGACAGCUUCAAAUUGGCGAUGGUAUGGAGGAUACUUCUUCACGACGUUCCGUAGUAGAACGAGGCUAUGCGGCUCUUCUAACAAGCUCACGUGCGCUUCACAAACCAGGAUAUACGUAUCCAUUACUACUAUCAUGUGUCAUUGCUGUGAUCAAUGCAUUCCAAUAUGGAUACAAUACGGCAGUUACAGGAGCUAUGAAUGCUAAUCAGGUCUUUCCUGGCCAUUCAAAUAUGCUCUGGGCUCUUUGUGUAUCAAGCUUUGCUGUUGGUGGACCAUUUGGGUCGAUUAUAGGAGGACAACUCAGUGGUUCAAUUGGUCGCAAGAAGACAAUGUAUGCCAAUUCGUGCCUCUUUUUACUUGCUGGACUUGCCAUGGCAUUUGCAGUCGACAUGUACAUGCUGAUUGUUGGUCGAUUCCUUGUGGGUAUUGCGUCAGGGACAGCCACUGUCAUUGUGCCGCUAUAUCUUGGAGAAUUGGCACCCCCAAGUCUGCGUGGAGCACUAGGAACCACGUAUCAAGUUGCUAUGGUACUGGGCAUUCUGGCAACAGAUAUCCUUGCUUUUGGUUUUACAGGCGAGAGUGACGGCUUUACACGUCCAGGAUGGCGUUUAAUGUUUGGUUUUGCAGGAAUUCUUGGGGCGUUACAACUUGUUCUUACUCCAUUCUUGGUCGAAAGUCCGCGUUGGCUGCUGAAUAAUGGCAACACGAUCGAAGCCGAAAAGAUUUUGCGGAAUCUGCGUCAAAAUGACGAUGUGACGGAUGAAAUUGAAAGCAUCUCCGCUGCAAACACCAGCGAAACGGGAGAUGUUCAAGGCCUCGGACAGCAGUUGAGUGGUAUCAACGCUGUCAUGUUUUACGCAAGCUCAUUUUUCGAAAGUGCGGGACUAGAAAACCCGCUUACUGGUAUCACACUGGUCUACAUCGUAAAUGUGCUGGCUACGAUUGUUGCUCUCAUGCUUAUGGACUCUGCUGGUCGUCGUCCACUGCUUCUCUGGUCCAUUGUGGGCAUGCUUGUUUCGAGUGCAAUUCUAACCGUUGGGCUUCUAGAUUUCCUGCCGUAUUCCAGCAUCCUCAGUGUGGGCGGUGUUACGAGCUUCGUGUGGUUCUUUGAGAUCGGGCUUGGUCCGAUCCCAUGGUUAAUUGCAGCGGAGAUGUUCCCACCCAAGUCACGCACAUCUGCCACUUCCAUCGCCACGAUGGUCAACUGGAUGGGACUCUUCACCAUUGGCAUUGUCUUUCCUGUGAUGCAGACUACCCUAGGCGACUAUAUUUUUGUUCCAUUUGCCGUUUUACUUGCGCUUACGCUGGGAUUCUCGCUCAAAUAUGUACCGGAGACGAAAGGCAAGACGCUGGACGAAAUUCAAGAAGAAAUUCAGUCGCGCUAA